AUAAAUAAAAUAUUAAGUUUAAUGACCAUCAACCCACCAGUGAUUGUUUGUCUGCAGCUCCUGGUUCAUACUUUCAGCUUGAAUUACAGUUUUUACUCAUUGCUUGAACACUAUAGACACAUGCUUUAACCAAAGUAACAUAACUUGAAGCUGUUGUCAUGAUACCUUAAACAAAGUGUAACCAAACCUUAAACAACAGCACUGCUUUGUGCUUUAGUUGCAGUUCUGAAACACACUUGCUCCUGCACACUACACACUAUUUCAUCCGUAAGAAACUUGGUUCAAACAAUGAAAUCUCAGGGCACCACUGGGAAAACAUAUCUAUUCAAAAUACAACACACAUCGGUUAAUUGAAAAUACUUAGACACACACCUGAAAAUACUUACUUACAAAACUGAACACCUAUCAGCCAGCUGCAAAAAGGCCUCAGUUCAGCCAUUUUGAGAACUUUGCUGUACAGGAAGUUUGUUGUAGUCUGGGAUAAUUUUAGUUCCCAUCGGGCUGCUCUGGUCCAGAACUGGUUCACCAACUAUGAUCAAUUUGAAGUUGCGUACUUGCUCCCUUACUCCCCAUUUCUAAGUCCUGUAGUCAUUUUUUUCCCGCUUGGAGAUGGCGCGUAUACGACCGCCACCUCAUGCCCGUAUGCCUCUUGUGCAGGCAGUGGAACAGGCCUGCAGAGACACUGAGGUUAAGUCAGUCCAGGGAUGGAGGAUAUUCUCCCCGAUGCUUAGUGAGAGAAGACAUUGCUUGUGAUGUUGAUGAGAUCCUGUGGUCAGACAGACAGACGGCAGGAUCCAUAAGCCCACUUGCGCAUAAAUGUGUUUUUCUGUUUACAGUAGUGUAUUUUGUAUUAUUUUUGUUUUAUUAUUGCUUCAACAGAAUUUACUGUACUGUAAAAUACAUUACUGUAACGUAAUGAUUUUGAAUUGAGUAUUUCAUUUUUUGGUUGUUGUGAAAAUGUGUCUUCUGUGGAACUGAAUCAAAACAGUGAAAACCAAAGACUGCAGUGUUUUAUAUAAAGUAGACUAGUGUGUUGCUGCUGAUCUGAAAGUGUGUUCAUAUGAUGCAAGUGGGUAUCAUUUUGUCAUCAGAGUGACAUUUUGACAAAGGAUUGUUAGGUUUUGAUAGCAGAGUUUCAAUUUGACGUAGAUGUGAAAGGUUUAUUUCCCAGUGUUGAGUCUUAUUUGCUUGUGUGUAGAGUUUUGACACGAUGAGCCAAGUUUUGCAAAACGUGUUCAAGCAACGUGCAAAAACUGGAUACGAGGACAUUUCCUGUGAUGUGGAUGAGCUGAUGUGGCCAAAUGCCAACAGGAGACAGGAUCCACAGCCUGAAUGUCUUCCAGUCAUUCCCUUACAACACUAUGUUUUGUAGAACAUUCUAGUUGCGCCACGUCUUUGUGUUUUUUGUUUUUACUUUUGCAAAAUCCUGAAAAAUCCAAAGGACUGAAUAGAGCUGUUUUACAUAAAGCACAUCUGUGUGUUGUUGCUGCUAUGAAAGUUAUUCAGAGGUGCACGUGUUUAACAUUUUGAUGCUAAAGACAGUUUUGAAAUGGGAUUGUUAGGUUUUGUUUCAAGAGUUUCAUUUUGUCGUAUAAGUUAGGAGUUUAUCUCCAUGUGCUGUGUCUUACUCGACCUGUGUGUUAAGUUAUGACACAGUGAGCCAAAGUCUGCAACAUGUGUGGAAGAAUUCAGCAAAAACUGUAAAUGCAAAGUGUGUGUAUGAGUGUGUGUCUCUCUCUCUCGAACACACACACACACACACACACACACACACACAGGUAAACUCAGGUAAACUCAGAGGGGAGGAGCAGCUCAGUGUCACCUGAGAGGCUGAAAGUGAAAGUGUUCAGUCCGUCAGACUCCAUGUUGAGAGCAGAACAGACAGAAGAAGACGGAGGAGGAACAGUAAAGUGUGAGGCAGACCUGAAGAUGAGUGUUUGUGUGGAGGAAGAGUUGGACCGAGCAGAACCUGCAGGAUCCAUCUGUCCGUCAGUGAAGAGUGACCGGUCCAAAGGUGAAGUUCCAGACUUCAGUUCUGAACCUGGACCAUCAGACACAAAAAAGAGGAAGAGGACUCACGUCUCUGUGAAGAAGCAGCCCACCUGCUGUAUUUGCUGUCAGGACGUCCUGAAGGAUCUGGUCUCUACCAGCUGUGGACACUGGUUCUGCAGACGCUGCAUCACCUCAUACUGGGACCAGUCUGCUUCACCAGGAGACUCCUCCUGUCCCCAGUGUGGAGUGAAUGUUGGUCUGCAGGAGGUUUUAGAUGAACAUAAGAUCAGUCUGAGGAGGAGAUGUGAACAUGUGACUGAAGGAAGUGAUGGAACAGGAAGUGAUGGAACAGGAAGUGGAACCCUCCUCAGCAGGAUCUACACUGAGCUCUACAUCACAGAGGGACAGAGUGAAGAGGUUAAUACCCAACAUGAGGUUUGGCAGCUUGAGACAGCUUCCAAGAAGAAGACCUUCAGUGAAACUCCAAUCAGGUGCUGCGACAUCUUUAAAGCCUCACCUGACCAACAGAGACGCAUCAGAGUGGUUCUGACCAACGGCGUCGCUGGAGUUGGAAAAACCUUCUCGGUGCAGAAGUUCACUCUGGACUGGGCAGAGGGCUCCGAAAACCAAGAUGUCAGUCUGCUGGUUCUGCUGUCGUUCAGGGAGCUGAACCUGAUCAGAGAUGAGCAGUACAGUCUUCUCAGGCUGCUCCAUGUUUUCCAUCCAACAUUACAGAAGGUGACAGCAGAGAAGCUCGCUGUCUGUAAACUUCUCUUCAUCUUUGACGGCCUGGAUGAAAGCAGACUUUCACUGGAUUUCAACAACCAUGAGGUCGUGUCUGAUGUCACACAGGAGUCAUCAGUCAGCGUGCUGCUGACAAACCUCAUCCAGGGGAAGCUGCUUCCCUCGGCUCUCGUCUGGAUCACUUCCAGACCUGCAGCGGCCAAUCAGAUCCCUCCUUCAUGUGUCGACAGGGUAACAGAAGUACGAGGCUUCACUGACGUCCAGAAGGAGGAGUACUUCAGGAGGAGGUUCAGUGAUGAAGAUCUGUCCAGCAGAAUCAUCUCACACAUCAAGACCUCCAGGAGCCUCCACAUCAUGUGUCUGAUCCCAGUCUUCUGCUGGAUCACUGCUACAGUUCUGGACCACAUGUUGACUACAGACAAGAGAGGAGAGCUGCCCAAGACCCUGACUGACAUGUACUCACACUUCCUGCUGGUUCAGACAAAGAGGAAGAAGCAGAAGUACGAUGAGAGACGUGAGACGAGUCCACAGGAGCUGACGGAGGCUGACAGGGAAGUUCUUCUGAAGCUGGGGAGGCUGGCGUUUGAACAUCUGGAGACAGGAAACAUCAUGUUCUACCAAGAAGACCUGGAGCGCUGUGGUCUUAAUGUCACAGAGGCCUCGGUGUACUCAGGAGUUUGUACAGAGAUCUUCAGAAGAGAGAGUGUGAUCUUCCAGAAAACAGUCUACUGCUUUGUUCAUCUGAGCGUUCAGGAGUUUCUGGCUGCAGUCUACAUCUUCCACUGUUACACCAACAGGAACACAAAGGUGGUGGAGGACUUCCUGAGUGGUUGGAGGUAUUACAGUUACUCAUCCCUUGAUGACUUCUUGAGGAGCGCCAUGGAGAAAUCCCUGUGCAGUAAAAAUGGCCACCUGGACCUGUUUGUCCGCUUCCUUCAUGGCCUCUCUCUGACGUCCAACCAGAGACUCUUAGCAGGCCUGCUGGGUCAGACAGACAACAGUCCAAUAAUCAUCCAGAGAGCCAUCAAGAACCUGAAGAAGAUGAACAGUUAUACGAUCUCUCCUGACAGAAGCAUCAACAUCUUCCACUGUCUGAUGGAGAUGAACGACCACUCAGUCCAUCAGGAGAUCCAAGAGUUCCUGAAGUCAGAGAACAGAUCAGAGAAGGAACUCUCUGAGAUCGACUGCUCAGCUCUGGCCUACAUGUUGCAGAUGUCAGAGGAGGUUCUGGAUGAGUUGAACCUGGAGAAGUACAGAACAUCAGACCAGGGACGACUGAGACUGAUUCCAGCUGUGAGGAACUGUAGAAAGGCUGUACUGGCUGGGUGUGAACUCUCACAGACUCACUGUGAAGUCGUCGCCUCAGCUCUGAAGUCCAACCCCUCACAUCUGACACAUCUGGACCUGAGCUACAACAACCUGAAUGAUUCAAGAGUGAAGCUGCUGUGUUCUGGACUGGAGAGUCCAAACUGUCGACUGGAGACUCUGAAAUUGAGGUGGUGCAGGUUGUCAGAGAUCAGCUGUGAUUCUCUGGCCUCAGCUCUGAAGUCCAACUACACCCAUCUGAUAUAUCUGGACCUGAGUAACAACUACAACCUGAAGGAUCCAGCAGUGAAGCUGCUGUGUGAUUUUCUGCAGAGUCCAAACUGUCAACUGGAGACUCUGAGAUUGGAGAGCUGCAGUUUGUCAAAUAUCAGCUGUGAUUCUCUGGCCUCAGCUCUGAUGUCCAACCCCUCCCAUCUGAGAGAGCUGGACCUGAGAGACAACAACCUGCAGGAUUCAGGAGUAAAGCUGCUGUCUGAUCAGAAGGACAGUCCACACUGCAGACUGGAGACUCUGAGCUGGUAGUGAUGAAAGGUGGAGGUGUUGAGAGGAUCAGCUGUGUCCUGAUGAUCCAGACAGGUUGAAGCAGCACCAUCAGCUGGUGGGUGGAGAGGCUGUGACUGGGCCGUGUUACUGGGAGGUGGAGUGGAGAGGAGAGCUUCAUCCAGCAGUGACUGAUGGACCAAUCACAACAAGUGGAGCUGACUGUCAGUGCUGCAGUCUGAACUGCUCUGAGAUCAGCUCCACUGUCACCCAGUCCACUAUCCAGCUCCAUGUGUUGGGGCCACUAACUGCCCUCCCUACUGCCCCCUGGAUUUAACUACAACACAAACAAAUCCAUCCAGUCCAAACACACAUUUAGAACUAGAACAUGUUCAUACUUUAACUAUAUUUGUAAUCAACUAUUUUCCUACAUUAAGUUACAGCUCAGUAUCUGUGUCACUUGUGCAGCCUGACGUUGAACUUGAGGGGAACGUUUUAGACAUGACACCAGUUUGAUCAUCAUAUUUCCUGCAGCAUCAGUGAGCUCCAGUUUAAGGUGCGACCCUGCUGGUUUACACAUCACGUGAUCAACACACACAUGAAGUCGACCUGUGGAGCUUUUUUCCUCUGAGCUCAGUGUUGAAGCCGUUCUUAUCACCAGCGUUCAUGUUCUGGAGCUGCUUUCUGCCAGCAGAUGUCACCGUUUCCAUUGUGUCGCCUCACUGAGGUUUAACUGAACCAUGAUGUGAAGGAUUUCUCUCUGACUGCAUUUGCUAUCAAAUUAAAUGGAAUCACUAAUGAGUUCAACUUGAUUUAAAGAUGUAAUAUGUAACAUUUCUGCAUUAAAAUGUCUAAAAACA